AUGACUCGCCCGUCCACCUCGCGCUCCCGAGCGCGCAAUUCGCCCACCCCACGCCCCACCCGCUCAACAUCCUUCACUCCCUCGCUGCGCCGGCGCACCCCCUCCGCCUCCCUCGACCCCCCUGAUGACCCCGAAGUCGCCAACGCCACACACACCGACCACGUAAUUGUCGAGGAAAUUGCCGAGAUCAAGCGCUAUGAGGAUUUCACCACCAUCGACUGGGUGCAAGACGCCGCGCGCGAGCAAUUGCGCCGCAAAGCGCGGCGCAACCGGCGAGCGCUUGGAUCCCGCGAUACGGGCAAGAGGAAUCGCGUGCGGAGGAUCGUGGCCGAGGCGUAUGAUGCGGGCCAGGCGUGGAUUGUAGUCACGCUGGUUGGCGCUGCGAUUGGGCUUAAUGCUGCGAUACUCAAUAUCGUGACGGAAUGGCUGUCGGAUAUUAAGCUCGGACACUGCACCACGGCGUUCUACCUGAACGAGAGUUUCUGCUGCUGGGGCAGCGAGGCUGGAUGUGCGGAGUGGAAGACGUGGGGCGGCGAUUUCUGGCCGGUUAGUUACGUGCUGUACAUUGGGUUCGCGGCACUGUUUAGUUUCACGGCGGCAAGGCUGGUGAAGAGUUUCGCUCCGUAUGCGGCGGGGAGUGGGAUUAGUGAGAUGAAGUGCAUUAUCGCGGGGUUUGUUAUGAAGGGAUUUCUUGGGGCGACGACGUUGGGGAUUAAGAGCAUCGGGCUGCCGUUGGCGAUUGCGAGCGGGUUGAGUGUGGGCAAGGAGGGUCCAAGUGUGCAUUAUGCGGUCUGCACGGGGAAUGUGAUUAGCAGGUUUUUCGACAAGUAUAGGCGCAAUGCGGCGAAGACAAGGGAGAUAUUGAGCGCGAGUGCGGCGGCGGGCGUGGGCGUGGCGUUUGGAAGUCCGAUUGGAGGUGUGCUGUUUUCGCUCGAGGAGAUGAGUAAUUACUUCCCGCUUAAGACGCUUUGGAGGAGUUAUUUUUGCGCGUUGGUGGCUACUGCGGUGCUUGCUGCAAUGAACCCCUUUCGAACCGGCCAACUCGUCAUGUUCCAGGUGAAGUACGACCAAGGCUGGCACUUUUUCGAAAUCCUCUUCUACCUCAUCAUCGGCAUCUUUGGUGGCUUGUAUGGCGCGUUCGUCAUGAAGUGGAAUCUAAAGAUGCAAGUCUUCCGCAAGAAGUACCUCGCAGCAUAUCCGAUCACCGAGGCAGUUACCCUGGCGGUAAUCACGGCCAUCAUCUGCUACCCCAACAUGUUCUUGCGAAUCGAUAUGACAGAGAGCAUGGAGAUUCUCUUCCAAGAAUGCAAGACCGGCCACGACUACGACAAACUCUGUGAUCGCGACCAGAGAUGGCACAUGAUCGGUAGCCUAGCCAUUGCCACCGUAAUCCGCACGCUCCUCGUCAUAAUAUCCUUCGGCUGCAAAGUCCCCGCGGGAAUCUUCGUGCCGUCAAUGGCCGUUGGAGCGGCUUUUGGCCGCAUGGUGGGCAUCUUCGUCCAGCACAUUCACGAGUCCUUCCCCGGCUCCGCAUUCUUCAACGCCUGCUCGCCCGACGGGCCAUGCAUCACACCCGGGACGUACGCCUUCCUCGGCGCCGCAGCCAGUCUGAGCGGAAUCAUGCACAUCAGCAUUUCCGUGGUGGUCAUCAUGUUUGAAAUCACCGAGUUCCAGAUCGUCGUCGGCGUAACAAAAUUCAUCUCGGAGCGCUUCGGUCAUGGUGGCAUCGCCGACCGCAUGAUCUACCUCAACGGCUACCCCUUCCUCGACUCCAAGGAAGACCACACCUUCGGCGUGCCCGUCUCGCAGUGCAUGUCCACGCACGUCAUCUCGCUCGCCUCUUCCGGCCUGACCCUCAAACACCUCGACCGCAUCCUCGCAGCCGAUCAAAGCUACCAGGGCUACCCCAUCGUCGACGACGAGAAGAUGCUGCUCGGCUACAUCGGCCGCACGGAGCUGCGGUACGCGGUGGAGAAGGCGCGGGAGGAGGGCGUGGGUGGGGGGACCAAGUGCUGCUUCACAUCUCCGUCGUCUAGUCUGUCUUCUUCGACCAGCGAACUUGAUUUCAGCAGGUACAUCGAUCCCACGCCGCUCACCGUACACCCGCGCCUCCCUCUCGAGACCGUCAUGGAACUCUUCAAAAAAAUGGGCCCCAGAGUCAUUCUCAUCGAGUACCGCGGCCGCCUGACGGGCCUGGUGACCAUCAAGGAUUGUCUCAAGUACCAGUUCAAGGUCGAGGCGGGACAUGCGGGUGGUGGGGGCAGCGCGGAUGAGGCAGGUAUGGAGAGGUUGUUUGGGUAUUUGAAGAAUGUGGCUGGGUGGGUAGAUGGGGUGUUUGGCAAGGUGGGGAUGAGGGUUGGGGGGGAUGUUAGGUUAAGGAGUCCGGUGAGGGAAGAGAGGGAGAGGGUGGGAGAGGAGACGUUUGAUGUUGGGGAGGAUGAGGAGGAUGGUGCGGGGAGGGGGAUGGAGUUGGAGGAUAGGAGGGGGAAUAGGUAG